CGUCAUAUUAUACGCCGUCCGCAUUAUCUAAUUUUUAGUAGGUAGUGCGGUUUUUGUGGUGGUAUCACUGCGCCGUAGUAGUGUUUCGUUUUUCCGAAAUUUUCUCUUCAUUCGUAUUAUAUACAACCGUAUUAUUUCUUAAAUAUUAUGUACCUAUCGAGUCACGUUGGAAAGUUUUCGCAUCGCCGCCGGUCUGACGGCACAGCAUGAAAUAAUAAUAAUAUGUCUCUUACCUACGGCGGCGGCGGCGGCGAGGUCGCCAUGGUUUUGUGCCCCUAAAGACAUCAUCACUCCUGCACCGUCGCAGCUGUGCUGUGAUAUAGAAAUGUCCAUUCCUACCCCAUGUGCGUCCACGGCCGAUGGCAGCAACGACGGCGAACAACCGGAAACCGAUUACAUAAAAAUGUUCGUGGGCCAGAUMCCCAGGGCGAUGAACGAACAGGAUCUGAUGGACAUGUUCGGCGAGUUUGGUCGAGUGUACCAGUUGAACUUGCUCAGGGACAAGUUCUCCGGGGUCAGCAAAGGAUGUUGCUUCGUAACGUAUUAUACAAGAAAGGCUGCUCUUGACGCUCAAAAUGCUUUGCACAAUAUCAAGACGCUGCCAGGGAUGCAUCAUCCGAUACAAAUGAAGCCGGCUGACAGUGAAAAUCGAAGUGAAAGAAAACUGUUCAUUGGAAUGCUGUCGAAAAAAAUAUCCGAACCCGACAUCAGGUUGAUGUUCGAACCUUUCGGUGCCAUCGAAGAGUGUUCGGUGCUCCGGGACCCGAAUGGCGUUAGCAAAGGUUGUGCAUUCGUUACGUACACGACCAAACAGAACGCCAUCGCAGCCAUCAAGGGUAUGCAUCACUCGCAAACCAUGGAGGGCUGCACGUGUCCGCUUGUGGUCAAGUUCGCCGACACCCAAAAAGAAAAAGACCAGAAACGCAUGCAGCAGAUGCAAGCCAACCUUUGGGGACUAGCCGCGACUGGAGGAAACAGCGUGCCCACCGCCCAGUAUUUGGCCCUCGGCGUGCUAGCCAAUCAGCAGAUGAACAAUGACACGAACUCGCUGUCGUCGCAAGUGCUCCAGCAGAUCCAGCUUAACGCCGCCGCCGCUGCCGUGGCGGCCAACAACAACAACAACCAMCAGCUGAACAAUCUGCUUUUGACCAACAACACAGGUGCGCUCAAAUCCCCGUAUCAUGUCCAGACGUCCCAUUACCAUCCCACACAUGUAGAUACCGUGUCACCAAGGCGUUUAGAUUACACCGAUCCUUUCUAUACAGGCUAUCAGAAUUUGUCAGCGUCGCCGCCAAGUCUAGGAGACCUGAACCCGGGAAACUUGCAGAACUUGUCGACGCUCGCCAAUUUGUCCGUUGGAAACCCUAUAGUCAACUCUGUGAAUAUGCAAAAUCUAGUCACAUUGGCCGCGAUGGGAGCAAAUUCCGUCUCGCCUACAGGAUCCAGUUCAUCUAGUCUUAGUAGUUCAGCUCUGUCAAGUUUGUCGCCUACGUCUGCAGCCGCUGCAGUUUUAUUUGGGAAAAAUUCCGGUCUUUUGGCAGGGACCAACGGCACUAACGGUGGUACAUAUGGUUCGUCGCUGAACGCACUCGGUCUCACGCUGGCCGACCUAAACUCUAACCAGUUUGCCAUGCCGCAAUCGCCACCGGCCAGUUCACCACUGUACUUUUUGAACAACAACAAUAACAACAACAACAGUCCGACAAAAGUGUCCAGCAAGCAGCUUGAAGGUCCGGAAGGUGCCAAUCUGUUUAUAUACCAUCUCCCCCAGGAUUUCGCUGAUUCUGAUCUCGUGACCAUGUUUUUACCAUUUGGUAACGUUAUAUCGGCAAAGGUUUACAUUGAUAAAGAGACCAAACUGUCCAAGUGUUUCGGGUUCGUGUCGUACGAUAAUGCGUACAGCGCACAGGCGGCUAUACAGACGAUGAACUCGUACCAGGUGGGCAACAAAAGGCUGAAAGUGCAACUCAAGAGACCCAAAGAAGCGUCCAGGCCGUACUAACAGCGCCAACCACCGAUCGACCGACCAAUAACCACGACCGAUCGUGCCACGCACCCGGCAAGAACGGUUGUGUACUCCCUUUUGUUUUUGUUUAAGAAGACAUGAAAUAUAAUAAUAAUAAUAAUAUUGUUAUGUGUGUACAUAAUAAUACUU